AGAAGCCAGAUUGUUCAAUCUGGUUUUUUCAGGAACAAAUUUCCCUUGUGUUAAGAGAUCACCUGAAAAAAUAUUAAUUUCAAGCCACUUCUGGGGUUUCUUAUGUAAUUAGUAUUGGAUCUUUAUAACAUCUGUAAUCUAGACAUAGAUUUGUUGUAUUUUUCUGCAUGAGGGUUGUUUUGGUCAGAUAAAAAUAUUUAGGAGUGGAAAAUGAGCUUCUUUGCAUGUUGCACAUCACAACAUAGGUUCCAUAAGAAAACUUUGAAGAAGAAAAUUAAGAGCUAUCAUGAAGGAAAACCUGUACCAUCAAUAUUUGCCAAUUUCUCUCUCAAAACUGAUAGUAGCAAGCGAAAUUUCAUCGAAGGCGAAAUAGAAAAACUUGGAAGAGGAAAUUUAACCUCUCAGAUUUUUACUUAUUCCGAGCUAUGCUUCGCAACCCGGAACUUUCACCCUGACUACAUGAUUGGUGAAGGAGGCUUUGGAAGAGUAUACAAAGGAUUCCUUAGAGGAACAAAUCAGGUUGUUGCUGUGAAGCAACUUAACAGGAAUGGAUUUCAAGGAAACAGAGAAUUUAUAGUAGAGGUUUUGAUGUUAAGCCUCUUGCAUAAUCCUUACCUUGUCAAUUUAGUAGGGUAUUGUGCUGAUGGUGAUCAAAGAGUUCUUGUGUAUGAGUACAUGGUUAAUGGUUCUUUAGAAGAUCAUCUUUUUGAUCUACCUCCAGACAAAAAGGCUUUGGAUUGGAGCACAAGAAUGAAAAUUGCAGAAGGUGCUGCUAGAGGACUUGAAUAUUUACAUGAAGUAGCAAAUCCUCCGGUUAUAUAUCGCGAUUUCAAGGCAUCAAACAUACUUUUGGAUGAGGAUUUCAAUCCAAAAUUAUCAGAUUUUGGACUAGCAAAGCUUGGUCCGACCGGAGAUAAAACUCAUGUGUCAACAAGGGUGAUGGGAACUUAUGGUUAUUGUGCUCCUGAGUAUGCCUCCACAGGACAAUUGACAACAAAAUCUGAUGUAUAUAGUUUUGGUGUUGUGCUUUUGGAGAUGAUUACAGGUAGAAGAGUCAUUGAUCAUAUGAGACCAUCAGGGGAGCAAAACUUAGUUACUUGGGCAUAUCCACUACUCAAAGACAGAAGGAAGUUUACACUAAUGGCUGAUCCAUUGCUAGAAGGGAGAUACCCUAUAAGGGGUCUACACCAAGCAAUAGCAAUAGCAGCAAUGUGUCUUCAAGAAGAUGCUGAAUUAAGGCCUUUGAUUAGUGAUGUAGUUACAGCUCUUAAUGUAUUAGCAAGGAAGAAUGUAGAAUGGAGUGAUAACAAUAAUAAUAGUAAUAAUUCAGUUGAGAGAAUGACUUUGAUAGAUUAGAGGUCAUGU